AUUCCUUGAGUCUGAUUCAAUAUAGAAGUUUAAACCUUUUUCCUUAAAGCAUAUACCAGAGUCUUAAACCCAAGCAAAUGAUAGAAACCAAAAUUCAAACUAAUUUGCUAAAAACCUUAAAAGUGAUUUGUAAAAGUAUUACCAAUAGGUUUCUUUAUUACCAAGAAAUAACACAACGUUUUCAUGGUUAAUGCGUCAAGAAUGAAUAUGUAGUUACGUUGUUUUUUCCAAAUAAAUAAUGAUAUCGAAAGGUCACACGCAUAUCCCUUACAAGUUUCAAAAGAUUAAUUAUGAUUAUGUAGGUUUAUACAAUCUAUAGUCGGUGGAAAUUUUGUCAUUCCACAAAAAAUAAUCUUAUUAUUUAUUGGUAAAAAUGGGAGUGGUUGGAAACGCUUUAGGACCUACCUCGUGUUAGUAUGGAAAUAAGUCAUCCAUUAAAAGUUGCAAUGGUUCUUGGCUUCUUGCUAUGGAACUUCCUGGUAAAAUGCCAAAGUUAGUCGCAUUCUUUAGUUUUACGAGUAUUCUAUGUGACAUGUCUCUAACAUGUUUUGUCAACUAAAUCCGUGUGGGGUUCACUUAUUCAUUGGUUUUUGCUUCGAAGUUUCCUCCUGAAAUGCCUAAGCUCAACAGUUUCUUUUGUUUUAAGAAUGUAUAUAACCUAAAUUUUGGAUAAUGAGGCCACAAGCACAAUAGAAAACCAACAUCUGAAAAAUCUUUGUCUUGAUCACUGAGUUUUUGCCUAAAUUUCUUUUUCUAUGGAUCCGAGACUUCAACAAGCUGCUGAAUCUGGAAGCAUCAAUGAGUUGUAUGCUCUUAUUGAUGAAAAUCCAUACAUACUUGAUCACUUUGAUGCGGUGCCAUUUGUUAACACUCCCCUACAUGUAGCUGCAGCGGCUGGGAAGAAACAAUUUGCCAUCGAGAUGCUGAAUCUUAAACCCUCUUUUGCCAGAAAGCUGAACACACGCGGCUACAGUCCAUUGCAUGUCGCUGUGGAUAAUGAGCAAAGAGGCUUUGUCUCCAGGAUGCUUUGGCUUGAUCACACCCUUGCCCGUGUUAAAGGGAGAAAUGGCAUCACACCAUUUCUUUCCCUAGUGUUAAGAGGAAACGCCGGUCUUGUGGCAGAGUGCCUCCUAACUUCCCCUGAAUGUAUCGAAGAUGUGAAUGUCAAUGGCCAAAAUGCACUGCAUCUAGCUGUGAUAAAUGACAGAUUUGAAGUUCUCCAAGUCCUUACGGGAUGGAUCCAGAGAAUGAGCCAAAAAAAUGCUGACUCGAUUGAGAUUCAUGUUCUGAAUAAAAGGGAUUUCGGCUACAACACAGCCUUGCACUUGGCAGCAUAUAAGAGUGAUCAUCAGGCAGUUAGACUCUUACUAGAAUGUCGAUUGGUGCAGCGGAACAAAGUCAAUGGUGACGGUUUAACAUUCCUUGAUAUCUUACGAAAUCAGGAACAGAGCUGCAGGGGAAGAGGACAGGGAACCGUGGGUGUGGAAUUGGAUUUGGAACAAGUUGUUCUAAAAACCGGGUGUAAAGAGGCGGCUUCCGUGCGAAAAUCCAAAGCAAGGUCUGAAUUUUUGAAAUCACCAAUCACUUUUGUGACAUACUGCUCCACGAGCAUGAGACGCCUAAGGUCUAACACUUCUGAUGAAUCUCGGGGAGUGUUUCUGAUUGUAUGUGCUUUGAUAAUAACAGCUACUUAUCAGACUGCACUCCAACCUCCCGGAGGUGUACACCAAUCUGAGGAUGCGAAUGCGGGUUCCGUGGUGAUGAAACAUUCAUUCUUUAUCCUUCUUUGGGUUUCCAACACCGUAGGUUUCUGCUGCGCUUUAUUCUACACCUUUUGUCUCAUACCACUUGGUAGUAUGUUUGCAACGUGGUUCUUUUGGACAGGGACAUCUCUGUGCAUUUCUUAUGCACUAGCAAUGGCAGUAAUCUCACCACAUCCUCUAGUGUUUCUCUCAGCGACCAUUGCCUUCUUCCUGCUUUUUGCUCUCUUUCUCUUGUUGGAUGUUUUAGUAACUCGUUGGCGAAACCAUGAGACGGUGACACCUAAACCCCGAUUGAGCUGGUUUUGGAAGGUUUGAUACUACACUAAUAUAACAGAAGAGAGGGCUUUGAGAAUGCAAAUGAUGUAACCCUUCAACAUAUGACACAUCUCGCUUAUGAGUUGUAACUUGCAAUGUACUGUGCCAAGUAGUAAUAGGCUUAUAUAUAAAAAAUCUUUGUAUUGUAAUGA